AUGUUGUCUCGUCAAAGAAUUACUUGCGUUUUCGCAUCGACUGCCUGUCUCGCUGGUGUCACUGCAGCUGUUGGGGAUGGUUUUUUGAGUACUGGGAGCGCUAGAAGUGGUAGUACAGCAGGCGCUAGAAGUGUCAAUGCAGCCGAGGGAGAGGCUGUUAAUCAGGAGACUCAAGGAACAGUAACAAGUUCAAGUUCUGAAGGUGCAGCUGUUGCUAUGGCAAGUACGCUUUCUAGUGGUGAAGUAACCACAGGUGUCGUAGUGUCGACACAUUCAGGUGCGGAACCAACUGCCGAAGGUCCUACCCAACAAGUGCCAACAGGAACCUCUGCUGCUGCAACAGGAACCUCUGCUGCUGCAACAGGAACCUCUGGUGCUGCAACAGGAACAACUGCUGCUGCAACAGGAACCACUGCUGCUGCAACAGGAACAACUGCUGCUGCAACAGGAACAACUGCUGCUGCAACAGGAACCUCUGCUGCUACACAGACUGCUCCAGGAGUACCAGCGGUCGCAACGCGACCUUCCUCCGAACCCGAAGCAGAACCUGUAGUUCAGAUUGAUGUAAUCCAACAGGCGAAAGAAUUCAGGAAAUUCAUCAUUAAGUAUGGUCUUCGAAAGAUGAUUCCACUGGGGCUAUGGGAUGACGAAGGAAGAGAGGAAGAACGAAAAAGGCAGGAAAUGCUUGACCGUUUGUUUCCCAUGCCUUCAAGCUCAAGCAGUGUAAAUUCUGCUGCUCCUGCUUUUUCUGCUGCUGCUAUUGUUUUUGGACCGACAGCGUCUGCGCGAACCAACGCCGCUGCUGCGGCAUCAGGAGCUGUUUUGCGAUUCAAUGCCGGUGCUGUUGCAACAGCAUCAAUUUUUGAAAAUACGGGGACUACCUCCACACCAGAGCUGCAAGGGGAAAAACAAGGGGAGAAUACUACAGAGCGAGAAGUAGAGACAGCAGUGAACAGCCCGAAAACAGUACCAGAGACUUCUGAAGGCGCUUCUGCACGAAACGAAGAAGCAGAGGAGGCAGCCAGAAUUCCGAAGUUGCAGAAAAUCGCGAGGUCUCUCGUGACCCAGCAACAGCAGGUGGAGAGGGAUGCACAAACUUUUAAGGCAAGUGUCCUUCUCAAUAAUUUGUCUCUCAUAUUACCUUACUUUUUCUGGUUUUUGCUUUUUCCAGUUAGGCGCCCCGCCACCUUCUACCAAGAAAUAUUGACUUUGAAUUGUUCUACUAGGAAUACCUCAAUUUACUAUGGGAAGUGUGUAUGUGUAUGUUGCUUAGGCAACGAUUGGAAUCAUGUCAGGACACCGCGACUCACAUGAAUGUAGUACACCUUGCAAUAGUCGUUUCAUGUAGCAUUUCACAACAUCGACAUUCAGUUGCUGGCUUUUUUCUAUGGAGUGAGAUCCAGUUCUUGUCAUUUGAUUAACUACAAGAGCUGGAUCUAUCCCACUGUGUGUUCUUGGCGCGAAGAAUGCAUCCGAAUCUGCGGGGGCAGGAGUAGCGAUCGCCCGGUCUCGGAGUAGGGUAGAACUUUGAGAGCACGAUCAUUCUUCGUGGGCGUGCCUGCCUCCUCCUCGAGUAGUUCCUGCCAGGAGUGCGCCAAUAAUAAUGUCGUCGCCUUCUAAUUUCCACGCCACUCGGCAACGCGUGGCUAUGUACCGCAUGAUGGACAGGGCGCCGAGUGGGUACCACGACAGACCAUUAAGGGUUGACGCAUUUCACUUUUACAAGCCUUCUUCACUUGAGAUUGCCACUAAAAAGUGAAUUGUUUCAACCUUUAAGACCAAGCGUGAACAAUUGUCAAUCGCACGCUCUGAGACGUCAGCAUUUGCAGCAAUAUGAACAAGCCAGAGUCCGCGAAGAACAGGCAGCAUGGGGAGCAGAAUAUGAUAGUAAUUAUGAGAGAUAUUUAUAUUACUGAUUAUUAUGAAAGAUAUUUUUAUUUUCUACUUCGCUCUGCUCCACCAAUACCAAUCUCAUCGCCUUCUCCCGAAAGUACGUCGACAAGAGUGUAAUGUGAUCAAAGAUAACUCUCUUAGAAUCAUCGAAAUCCAAUGUGAUCAUGAUUAUGGUUGAAAACAUGACCUAUGUUGAUGUCGCUAAUAAUUGUAGAAGAGAAGAAGUGCUGGUCUCACAUUAGAUAGGUUCUCGUUCUCCCAUUCACGCUGGAAAGAGUUGCUCCCUCAUGCUAGGCACAUCAUUAUCAUCAUUACCAGACCACAUGUCUUUGUUGAAAACAAAAAGCAUUGGAGGAAGCACAGUGUCAUUAGAAGAAAGAGGAGCAUCAUUGUCGUUGCUAAUCCAUCGAUUCGCAAUGUUCUUGUUAUACAUAAUAUUUGGAGAGAAUUUCCAGAUUGUGCAAGCUCUUCUUCUAAUCCUUAGUGGCCGAAGAAGAGCAUGCUAGGGAAAAAAGGACAACACAGAAGAUGCGCGAAGAAUUCGAGAAGAUUCGGGCGUUCGGCUUUUCCUCGUAGAUGAGGCGUCCAGAACGAACAGCAGAUCGGACAAGAAGGUGAAGAAAUGGAAGGAGGUAUCAGGUCGACACUAAAGUAUAGAAAUACAACUAGCUUUCUUCGUAGAUGAGACGUUCGGCUCGUGCAAUGUACCUUGACCGUUCGACUUUUCUUCGUGGAUGAGACAUUCUGGCCUUCUCUUUCAUGGAGGUUUGCUAAAAAAGGACUUCUGAUGCAGCUCGUGGCUCAGGAGCACGGGGUGGUCGAAUGCGACGCGCGGACUCGGAGAGGUUGACACAAAUUGCUGAAGAUUCAUAUUUGUCCAGAAUUUUGUGAGAAUAAAAGAAUCCAUAUUACAUUACUCCCUAAUCAAUGUACUUACAAUCAUGUUUGUUCACACGAAGCGAGCAAGCCGUGCCGAGUAGAUCGUAUACACAUGUAAGGACUUAUGAACAUAUCAACACGCAUGAAGACGUCCUUGUUUCAAAAUAGAAUUCUUCUUUCAGAUAGUACACAACCUAGACGUGGUGAUAAACACAGGAAUAAAAACACAGAGCCGCCUGUUUUCUUGAGGCAUGGAAAAGUUGUCUGAGCCUCCCUGUUUAGUUCUAAAUGGAGGAUCUUAUAUGGUGCAUGUGUGGCUGAGGUUUUCGGACCAAGGUACCACCAUUGCACCAUCGGAUUCGAUUCAGUCGAUACUGAAUCAAACGAUGAUGCCGACUUGCUUUUAGUAAAAAGGGUUGUCAAGUAGAGAACUCACUGUGGGUUUCUGAGUACAAUCCACGUCUAUGAGCUCCUGGAAAGUAAUGGAGACCUUGUUGAUGGCCAAAAAGCGAAGAGUCCUGAAAUCUGAAAUUACCAUUGUGUGGCAACCUAC